UGGGGAUCGGUACGUACCCUCCCUCUCUUCAGUUUUUUUUUUUCCUCUCAGGUCUCUCUCUUUUUUCCUCCACCUCGUUAUAGGUAUCCCGGUCCAUAAAUUUCACCUGCCAGUCUGUACGGAUUGUAUUCCGUACAGAUGUGCUAAUCAUUAGCUUUUUGGCUUGUGCUAUGCCCGCGGGCUCUGCUGGCACCAUCCGACAAGCAAGCAUGUCUGCUGUAAUACCCAAAGGCAAAUCGUGGCAUCAUCACCGCCAUCAUCGUCAACACCACCAUUAUCUCCGUAGUCAGCACUGGCAAAAAAAAAAAAAAAAAAUAAGAAGAAGAAGGGAACGGAACCAUACCGCCGUGUCGGUCAGCAAAGUCCGGCAACCAGGCAGACAGACAGACUUUUUUGUGCCCUCGUGUCUUCCGGCUCUUCACACCCUCAUCCUUCACCGUUCCCGCCCAAGCCCCAAGUCGCGGUGCACUAUUACACCAUCGUUCCAUGCCAGAGGCAUAGGGAUCCUUAUCCUCAAGAGAGAGUGCUCCGUAGUCGUAGGACGAGAGACAAGGAAAAAAAAAAAAAAAACUCUUCUCUUCCUUUUUGUCAUGCCGGGUCUGCGUAGUCCGUCUUGGUAUGGCGGCCGUGGUGGGAAUGCUCAAACGGUGCCCUGCGGCCUGCCUGACUUGCUAGCUUGGCCGUGGUGAAUCCUCGGCCUCAUUCGCAAUAUUGCCUAUCCACCCAACGUAUCCGUCCCCCCUUCGUAGUUCAGUCGUGUUCCCCCGUAUUGCAUCGCCGCCGCUAUUCCCGCUGCUCUCGAACCCCACACCACUUUGACCUCCGGGACCCAACAUCAAUCUUCCAAA